AUGGGCGGUUGGAGCGAGUUUCUGAGCUCCACCGAUUCUAUGACUCCUUGCAAUAUCCUCUUAUACAGGCAUGACAUUGUUUCAAGGGUUUUUCACUUGAAAUUAAGGAAACUUAUAGAUGUCCUCACUAAGAAAGCAAUAUACGGCGAAGUUGAUGCUUGGAUCUAUAGUGUCGAAUGGCAAAAACGAGGGCUACCUCAUGUGCACAUACUUUUAUGGCUUAAAACAAAAAUUCAGCCGGAUGAAAUAGACAAGAUCAUUUCAGCUGAAUUACCAGAUCCUCAACAAGAUCCCUUGCUAUUCAGUAUAAUUUCGAAAAGUAUGAUUCAUGGACCUUGCGGCGAAUUCAACAUGGCUUCACCAUGUAUGGAUAAUGGAAAAUGUACAAAAAAGUUUCCUCGAAAUUUUGUUAAAGAAACCCUAACUGCAGAUGAUGGCUACCCAACCUAUCGUAGAAGAGCCCCUGCAGAUGGAGGUCAUAGUUCUGUACUUACAAUUCGUGGCAAAGAAGUACAGAUUGAUAACCGUUGGUGCAAGCAAUUAAAUAUAUUUGCAAAUAUAUCAACAAAGGAUCGGACCGUGCCACUUUUUCAGUUGGAAACAUUGACGAAAUUGCAAACUAUGCCAAUGGACGCUAUAUUUGUUCCUCUGAGGGAUUUUGGCGUUUUUUUGACUUUGAGAUUCACGCACGAUGAUUUUGCUAAAACUCUUUUGUAUUCCGAAGUUGCCGCCUAUUACCGAUGGGACAGUAAUAAGUUUGUGAAAAGAAAACGGGGUAAAGAUGUUCCAGGCUGGCCAGGAGUAAAAAAAGAUUCAGCUAUAGGCCCAACUUCAUUUGAGUACUUAAAAACCGUUGAUGGUGUUACUUACGCAACUUUCAAAGCUGCCUGUUACGCACUUGGUUUAUUGGAAAAUGAUGAUCAAUGGAAAAACACACUCGCAGAUGCUGCUUUGUCUGAUAAUCCAUCUAAAUUACGUGACUUAUUUGCUAUUAUUUUAGUUUUUUUUGAAUUUUCUGAAGAAGUGUUCAACAGAGGUUUAAUUGAAGUAGAAGACAAGAUCAUCUCUCUUUCAGAAAAAAAUUUGACUGCAUUUGGGCUAAACUCACUGGUUCGAGAUGAACUCUGUACUAAUGAUCCUUUGGAACAUUCCAUCAGACAUGGUUAUGAUCAUAACUAUUUAUAUAACUAUGUUGAACAAAAUCUUCCUAAGUUGGUUCCAGACCAACGACAAGCUUUUGAUCGUAUAAUUGACAGUGUCUUAAAUAGUAGUGGAAAAGUCUUUUUCCUGGAUGCUCCUGGAGGCACUGGAAAAACAUUCCUAAUUAAUCUUAUGUUGGCCCAAGCAAGAUCGGCUGGAAAACUGUCCCUUGAUGUUGCAUCUUCUGGCAUUGAUGCCACUCUCAAGAGUGGAGGUAGAACAGCUCACUCCACUUUUAAACUUCCAUUAUGUGUUUUUUCCGGAGAAGAUUACACGUGCCCGAUACGCAAAAAUGGCCCACUUGCAAAAAUUUUUCAAAAUACAACAUUUAUUGUAUGGGAUGAGUGCACAAUGAGUCACAGAGCUCGCAUUGAAGCAAUUAAUAGAACAUUGCAAGAUUUAAGAUCAAACCAGAAUUUAAUGGGUGCCAUAACAUUUGUUUUUGCUGGUGAUUUUAGGCAGAAAUUACCACAUUAUGUAAAGUCUCUUCAUUUACGUACUAAUAUGAGAGCACAUCUCUGCGGAAGAAACAUGGAAUUUCCAACACAGCUAUUAAAAAUUGGCGAUGGCACGAUGGAAAAUGAAAACGGUUUUAUCACCCUAGAUCAAUCCAUUGGAAAACUGGUUACAACUGUCGAUAAUCUUAUUUCUGAAGUUUACCCAGACAUUGAAAAUUUAUCAAACAAAUCGUACCAAUGGUUAU